CUAAAUGCAUAUCAUAUUGUAGUGCCUUGUACUUGCAUAAUUGAUUCUUAUUACACUUUCUUAAAGUUGUUUAAAUUCAAAAGGAUAAGAAGUAGAUUGGUGGUUUAUCUUAAAAAUGCCAAAGAAUAGAGAUGAAGGAUGGACAGGUAAAUUAUUCGAUAUUGAAUUUAGGAUUUGAAUAUUUUUAUUGUGAUAAAGAUAAUGAUUGCAUAGAAUUCAAUUUAUAAGAUGAUAAUUUGGAUUCUGCUACAUCUCCAUUAAUGUAGACAAUCAAAACAAUUGAUUUUACAGAUGAUAAAUUUAUUAGUAUUUUAUGGAGUGAUUAACCUAAUGGUAAAAUAACUUAUUCAAAUCAUGCUCAUUCUAAAGGUAUAAUGAGAGCAGGAUUAGAAGGUAAAAAAAAUGCUUUUAUAAUAUCUCAUUCAACACCAAGAUUCCCAAAAUUGAAUGAAUAUGGAUAGUAUUACUUUUAUAUAAUAUUUUUAGAAUAGAUGACGAAGUAGAAGAUAAUUUUGCUAGAAACGGAUAACAUUUUUUAUGUUUAUCUACAACAACAGAUAAAAUAGAUGAGAUUUUAGCAGAGAGUUAUUAUGAGGCAGAAAUUUAAAUUUAUAAAGUCAGCUAAACUCCUACUAAGAUUUUUGGUAGAGGAUAUUAUCCAAAUAUAUAAAAAUUAUGGUAAACUAAAAAACCUGGAAAGGGUGAAUCACAUCAUCGUUAUUCCAAAACUGUAUUAAAUCUUAUUUAUAUUUAUAAAGACUCUUUAUAGUCAUGUAAGAUUCACUACAAGAGAAAAUUAGAAAUUUAAGAUAUUUUCAAAAAAUGAAGAUUUUGAAUAAGAUUUUUAUGCAAAAUUUGUAGCUGAAGAACUUUAAUAAGAUUUGAUUAUGGAAACCUGGGUAAGAUAAAAAGGGAAAGGAUUAGAUAAACCAGUAUGUGAAAAAUAUCAAACUUCAUCUAAUCAUUAAGUGUCAUUUCAUGGGAAAAAUAAACAUAAAGACGUUACAUUUACAUAUUCCUACACUAAAGAUCAUUCAAAAUAUGGUAUAACCCUUCCAAGAGAUCCUACAUCUACUUCAAAAGGUGAAUCAUUUAUCACAACAGAUUAUUCACAAUCAUCUUUAAAAGGUUAAAUAUUAACAAGUGUUAAGAAUCUUUAAAGAAGCAAAAUAUUUAAUGUAGAUGAAGAUACAGUAAUAAAAGAAGAUGAAGAUGAAGAUGAAGAAAUGGCAGAUGCUUCUCCAAAACCUGAUGAUUCCAUGGAUGUUGAUCAUCCUAAAAAAGAAGAGAAACUUCUUGGUAGAAAAAGGAAAAGAGAUGAACCUGAAGAAUUAGAGCCUCCUUCAAAAAAAAUGCCUACAGAAAAAAAAAAUAAAGAUAAAUACGUUUGCGUCAGUGAUUUAAAUAGAUAAUAAUCUUAGUGGUUUAGAGGUGGAGUUGUCUAUUGUUUUUAUAAUGAGAAUCUAUGGGGUCAUAUUGAUAAGGCAUUUGUUGGAAAACAAUUAUGCAAAAGUUGA